GGUAUUCUUGCUAAUUCAAGAUGGCGGCUGCAGCGACAAGCUCCGGAAACGAUGAAGUUGACGACUUAUUUUCACGAUUUAUGUCCGAGGUUAAGGAGAUUGAGAAAAGAGAUUCUGUUCUGACAGGACCCCAGCAGAUAGAGAGGUUAACAAGGCCUGGAUCAACAUACUUCAAUCUAAAUCCUUAUGAGGUUCUUCAACUUUCUACUGAUGCCAAAGAGGAUGAAAUAAAAAAGCAAUACCGAAAGCUUUCAUUUCUUGUCCAUCCUGACAAGAACCUGGAUGAUUCUGAAAGAGCUCAAAAAGCAUUUGAAGCUGUCAGUAAUGCCCACAAGCUGCUUCUAGAUGAGGACAAAGUUAAAAAGGUUAAGGAAAUUCUAGAAGAAGCACGAGCAAUGGUCAAAGCAAAUCUCAAAGAAAAGAAAAAGCAGGCAAAGAAAGAGGGGAAAGACAAAAUUGAAGAAGAAGAAGACCCAGAUAAGUUAGGAAAAUUAGUCCAUUCCACGACUGUUAAACUAUUUGCUGAUUAUGAACUCAAGAGAAGAGCACAAGAAGAAAAAGAUGCGGAAACAAGAAAACGGAUGCGUGAGCAAGAGAUAGCUGACGAAGAAGCAGCAAAAAAGAAGAAAGAAUGGGAAAAAGAGUGGGAGGAGAGUCGAACAAAUCGCGUGGAUAGCUGGAGAACGUUUCAAGCUGGAGGGAAAAAGAAAAAAGAAAAGAAAGGUCGCACUGCGUUCAAACCACCCGCUCUUAGGCCAGAGAAACGCUGAGCCAGUGAGCGUGACACAAACUGUCAUUCAUUUAAAGUACUGGAAGGUCGCUCAUAAUGCGUGUGUUUGGAAAUGUUUGUGUGCGUGUGGAAAAGCAAAGUGCCGACAUGACUCCUCUGUGAAUUGUAAAUAUUACCGUUAUUUUAUAUCCUCGAAACAAGUUUCCAAGCUUAUUAAAGUGCAACGUGAUGUAUC